AGGAAAUCAACUCGCCAUGUACUCACUCGCAGCUGCAGUCCUCGUCUUCGCAGGUGUCGCCUCGGCCCACUCCUUCACGCUGCACAACAACUGUCCCUACAACGUCCCUGUCUUCGUUGAUUCCUGGCCGGGUUCGAUUACGUAUACCGGUCCUCAGCCAGGAACGCUCGGGCCUGGGGAGUAUUACGGCCUGAGUAUCCCAAGCGGUUGGAAUAGCAGGAUCUGCCACAAUGCCGAUGGGGGCAAUUGCUGGGGUGCAGAUUCGAUGACCGAGUUCAACAUGGAUGCUGGUGGACUCGCCUAUUACGACAUCUCGAACAUCGAGGCGUUCUCAAUUGCCCAGCAAAUUGCUCCUGCUGGCGGCGGGUGCCAGACCGUGACAUGCACAAGCGCAAACUGCCCCUGCAGCCAAGCCUAUCCUCCUGGAGACGAAUCUGGAUGCGGAGACGAUGCGCCCGUCAAGGCAUGUUCCGACCAGGACUUCACGAUUACUUACUGCCCUUGAGUAAGCAGGCAGCAUCACAUAGCAUAUGACAUACCUGCGAGAAUAUCCAGAGAAUCGAUUGAAGAUAAAGAAAUGCAAUGGGUUGUUUGACAUUGUUCCCGUGCC